AUGAAACCGAUUUUGCUCUUUGCUAUGCUUUUUGGACUAUUCAACUUUUGCGAUACGCUUUCCCCCAAUCCGGUGAAUCCGCCAGUUGGUUGCCCGAAUUUCGGUCUCUGUUCGGGGAACAAUUACAACUUGUCGAACACUCUCUACUUUGAGUGUAAUGCCUACUACUGCCAGUGUAACACUGGGACAACUUUUGGUGCGUACACCUAUGAUUAUUAUGGCUAUGUGACGAAUGUAAACUCUGCCUAUUGUGCUGUUGUCACUGAUAACUGUAAUCCGGUGAGCCCGUGUUUAUCUAACGCCAUUUGCACAAACCUCAUUGACAAUUUUCGUUGCACUUGCGCCACUGGGUACACAGGAGCUUCGUGUAAUGAAACCAUUUCAACGGACCCAUGCGAUUCGUCUCCAUGUCAAAAUGGUGGCACAUGUACGUCAAGUUCUGGCUCAUUCACAUGCUCGUGUGGAAGUAAUGCCAAGGGGGAACGAUGUCAAUAUAUAAACGCUUGCAACACGGGAAAUCCGUGCAAGAAUGGUGCCACGUGUGUCAUGCUCUACAGUGGGGAACAGGUCUACUGUAACUGCACAGCCGGCUGGCAGGGACUCAAUUGUGAUGUGGCAACGUUGGCUCCGAACGACAAAUACAUGAAUUGCACAAAAAUCGACUGGUCAAAGGAGAGCUCAAGUUCGAACAAUUGCACGAAAGUGACGAACAGUAACUAUCCCUCGCUUUCAUUAUGUCGAAGUCAAUUUCAAACGAAGUUGCUCUCCGGGCAAUCGUUGGCCUAUUUUUGUGUUGUCGGUAAAGAGUGCCAUUUUUGCCCGGUUUGGCCGUAUGGAAAUGGUGACAUAAGCACGAAUCCGUUAUGUGGGAAUAAAUGUUAUCUCGAAGACUCGUCGCUUCGUCUCAAUUAUUUAGGAGCCAACGAAACUUGCGGUACUUCAGCUUCAAGUAACCCACGUGGACAAUGCUAUAAAUAUUCGGAUAUCGUUGAUCUUGCUUGGUGCAAUGCGACAACUUGUGAAAACGGGGGAAUUUGCGUGGAUCUUGUGAACAAUGGGAUAAAAUGUCUUUGUCCACGCGAUUACACUGGAGCUAGUUGUGAAACACCAUUGAGUCCAUGCUUUCCGAAUCCGUGCAAAAACAGUGGCACUUGCUCAAACUCGACCGAUGGAGAUUUUUGGUACACGUGCACUUGUCUCCCUGGAUACACUGGAAGUGAUUGUUCAACAAAGCUCUUCUGCGCAUCAUCCCCUUGUCAAUAUGGGAGUAAAUGCGAUGAGAAAGAUGAUCAUUCUGGGUAUACCUGUGAUUGUUUGAGUCUCUACACUGGAACGAAUUGUGAAAUCCCCAAUAUGUGCGCUUCAAGCCCAUGCAAGCAUGGUAACUGUUCGGUGGUUUUCCGGAGUUUCAACUCGACCUUCAAGUGUGACUGUGAUGCGGGAUGGACAAACUCGAGAUGCAGUUCGGCUAUCGAUUUCUGCGAAUCAACUCCUUGUUUUUAUGGUGGAACAUGUACAAAUAUCUACCCACCAGCUUCCCCAUUCUACACUUGUGCCUGUCAACCGGGCACUUCUGGGAGUCUUUGUGAAAUUAAUCCCGAUGAUUGUACGUAUCACUGGAGUGGUGGGGUGAAGUACAGUGCGUGCAAUGAAACCGACAAAAAGGCUCAAUGCAAAGAUGGUUUCAACUCAUAUCAAUGUGUUUGCGGACCAGAUUACACUUCGAGCGAUUGCAGUAUUCCGAUGAUCGUCUACAAUGCGACAAUUCUCAUCUUUGGACCAGAUGCGGCUGUGAGUGAUGACAUCAUUCAGCUUUUGAAAGAUUUGCUCAGCAAUCCGACGAACAUCAAAGACAUGGUGCCGUUCAUUUUGGGAUUAGAAGAUGAGGAUGAGAGAACGGAUAAGAGUUGGGAUUACACAGAUAUGUUCGAUUGGGUUGCUUACGAGGAGAAGACUCUUGACUUGACACGAGAUCUAUUGAAAUGGAAUGAUGUCACAUUGGGCAAUUGCUUUACAUUCAAUCACCGAAAUAGUACAGCGGCUACCUAUCUUCAUCGAAUCACGGGGAAAUUUGGAAGUCUUGAAGCGAUGAUCAAAAUCAACAGCCAAGAGUACUGUCCAUGGGUGGAUACACAAGCGAUACAGGUUUUUGUUCAUCCGGCUGAAGAGGACAUUUUCUCCGAGUCUGUCCGUUACAAUGCUCAACCGGGUGGGGAAACGGAGCUCUUCCCAAGAUUGACAGCCUAUUCUCGUUUGGGUGGUCGAUAUGGUGUGUGUGUAAAUGAGGCCAGCCAAGUCAAACAAUAUUUCUACUCGGGUGCUUAUGCUACGGAUGGAUGCCUCCGCUCUUGCUAUCAACAAGCCGUGCAGGACUCGUGUAAAUGCAUGGAUCCACGUUAUCCAAUGGAUAAAGGAGUGACUGCUUGUGGAUUGACAAAGAGCGAUCCGUCAACCUGGAAAGACUGUGUCUGUCCUUUACCCUGCUCGAAUCGUGCCUACACUGUCUCGUGGGCUAAAACGAUCUACACAGCUGAGAAACCCCAAUGCAUCGGCUCGGGCAACUACAGUGCUUGUAAAACGAGUUUUCAGGAUUCAGUUCGAGUACGCGUAGCGCUGGCUGACUUUACCUUUCAGCUCUUUGCCGAGGUGCCGGCGAUGUCGUUCAAUUCAUUCAUCGGAAAUCUCGGCGGUUUGUUGGGUGUAUUGAUGGGCAUCUCCACGAUUUCUUUCAUUGAAAUCGGUUUUCUUUUCAUCGCGAUUCUCGUUGUGAUUAUGGGAUGUCGAAAGAAA